AGAACAGAACAUACAGGUGCGGACACGAGGCAGGGGCUGACAGACAAACGGAGGAGCAACAAUUGUUUCAUGCCAUCUCGGCGCUUCCUAGUACAGAACAGAACAUACAGGUGCGGACAUGAGGCAGGGGCUGACAAACAGAGGAGCAACAAUUGUUUCACGCCAUCUCGGCACUUCCUAGUACGGAACAGAACAUACAGGUGCGGACACGAAGCAGGGGCUGACAGACAAACGGAGGAGCAACAAUUGUUUCACGCCAUCUCUGCGCUUCCUAGUACGGAACAGAACAUACAGGUGCGGACACGAAGCAGGGGCUGACAGACAAACGGAAGAGCAACAAUUGUUUCACGCCAUCUCUGCGCUUCCUAGUACGGAACAGAACAUACAGGUGCGGACACGAGGCAGGGGCUGACAGACAAACGGAGGAGCAACAAUUGUUUCACGCCAUCUCUGCGCUUCCUAGUACGGAACAGAACAUACAGGUGCGGACACGAGGCAGGGGCUGACAGACAAACGGAGGAGCAACAAUUGUUUCACGCCAUCUCUGCGCUUCCUAGUACGGAACAGAACAUACAGUUCCGGCAACCGAUGUACUGAAGGGAAAAAUUUCUGAAACACAUGAUGUUCCCGAUAUGAAAGAGCCAAAAUGACGUCACCAAAACCAUAAACCCCUGGCUAUAAAUAAAGAACCUCCCAUCAAAUUCUUCACUCCUCACAACACUAUCGAGAUGAAGAUCCUCAUUGUCCUCGUACUGUCCGCCAUUACCACCGGCGGCUGGGCAAUAGACCGAUGCAGUGUGGUGCGGGCAGUAAGGAGCAGUGGUAUUGCCGGCUAUAAGGGAUACACUGAGGGGGACUAUGUGUGCCUAGCUCGGUAUGCUAGUAACUAUGAUACGUCAUUGAACAGAAGUCCUUCUGAGUAUGGCGCAUUCCAGAUCAACAGUUACUGGUGGUGCGAUGACUAUAAAACUCCUGGCCGCAAAAAUGGAUGUAAGGUAUCAUGCAGAGCUUUACUGAACUCCUACCUGGCUGAUGACCUGAGAUGUGUUAGAAGAAUUGUGCAGGAUCGCAAUGGACUUGAUGCCUGGCAGCCGUGGACACGAUAUUGUAAAGGACGUAACAAUAAUCACUUCACAUAUGGAUGUUAAUCGCCCAUUCCACUUCCCAUAGAGGUCAAUACGCUUUCCUGUUUUGCUUUAUGUUUACUAAGGCUGGGUUCGACCGCG